GGAUAGAGCGAUUCAUUCUGUUAUGACGAGAGGACACCAGUGUAGACUAGUCUAUGCAACGGCAAAACACUCGAUAGAAAGAAAGAAAAGCGGAUUAUAAUUCCUUGUUUUGAAACCCAGAGGGUGGAUAAUCGUGGAUUACUUGGUGAACGCAAGUGGACAUCUGGUCGAACGAGAGCGAUGUCUGUCGCGGGGCUGAAAAAGCAGUUUCACAAAGCCACCCAGAAAGUCAGUGAGAAGGUUGGAGGAGCAGAAGGAACCAAACUUGAUGAUGACUUCCUUCAGAUGGAAAAGAAGGUGGACACCACUGGUAGAGCAGUGCUGGACAUCAUGACCAAAACUACAGAAUACCUACAGCCCAACCCAGCGUCCAGGGCCAAGCUGAGUCUAAUAGGGACCAUGUCUAAGAUCAGAGGACAGGAGAAGGGGAUGGGUUACCCCCAGGCUGAGACUCUACUGGGUGAGGCCAUGCAGCGCUUUGGACGGGAGCUGGGAGAACAGUCAUGCUUUGGUCUGGCUCUCCUAGAUGCUGGGGAGAGCAUGGGUGAGCUGGGGGAAGUGAAGGAUGCCCUGGAUAUGGAGGUCAAACAGAACUUUAUUGAUCCACUACAGAACCUACAGGAAAAAGACAUUAAAGAGAUACAGCACCACCUGAAGAAGAUGCAGGGACGCCGCCUGGACUUUGACUAUAAGAAGAAACGUCACGGUAAAGGAGUCCUGGAGGAGGAGAUCAGACAGGCGCUGGAGAAGUUUGAUGAGUCCAAAGAAGUGGCAGAGCAGAGCAUGUUCAACCUGCUGGAGAGUGAUAUUGAGCAGGUGAGUCAGCUAGCAGCGUUGGUCCAGGCCCAGGUGGAGUAUCACAGACAAGCUACAGAAAUACUACAGCAGCUCUCCAGCAAGGUGCACGAGAGGAUUCGGGAGGCACAGGAUAAACCCAAGAAGGAGUAUGUUCCUAAACCCCGGAUGGUCCUGGAGCUGCUUCCCCCCAGCGACAGCCACAAUGAGGGGCUCAACACCGCCCCAGGCCCCGCCCGCUCCCCAGGACCCACCCACUCCCCUGGCCCCGCCCGCUCCCCAGGCCCCGCCCGCUCCCCAGGUCCCCAACGCACUCCUGGGCGCUCCCCUGUUCCUAUGGACCAGCCGUGCUGCCGGGCGCUAUAUGACUUUGACCCGGAGAACGAGGGUGAGAUGGGCUUCAAGGAGGGCGACGUCAUCACCCUAACCAAUCAGAUCGACGAUAACUGGUACGAGGGCAUGAUCAACGGCCAAUCAGGUUUCUUCCCCAUCAACUACGUAGAUAUCCUGGUUCCACUUCCACAUUAGGGCCGUACCCCCGACCCCACCCAAUCCCCCCCCCCCCCCCGCCUCUGCCUAACCUAAGCCACGCCUUCUUCUCUUCGCUUAUGUGACGCUUUUCACAACUUUGAGGAACAAAAGACUGCAAUUGUACAGGAUUCUGCUGAUAGACGAAGAAGAGGAGGAGAAUAAUAAAAAGAGAGAUGAAGAAUCGUGUGCUUCAUGCCCCUCGGGGGGUCAGUGUGCUGCAGUGGUGAAUGUCUGUAUUACGGAGGGGAUUUUAAAGAUGGAUUCCUGUGUAGAGCAGUGGAGAGGGGAGGACGGCUCCUAAUAAUGUCUGGAGCGGAGUCACUGGACUGGAAUACAACACAGAAACCCUUAUAAUAAUGUCUGUAUUACGGAGGGGAUUUUAAAGAUGGAUUCCUGUGUAGAGCAGUGGAGAGGGGAGGACGGCUCCUAAUAAUGUCUGGAGCGGAGUCACUGGACUGGAAUACAACACAGAAACCCUUAUAAUAAUGUCUGUAUUACGGAGGGGAUUUUAAAGAUGGAUUCCUGUGUAGAGCAGUGGAGAGGGGAGGACGGCUCCUAAUAAUGUCUGGAGCGGAGUCACUGGACUGGAAUACAACACAGAAACUCUUAUAAUAAUGUCUGGAGCGGAGUCACUGGACUGGAAUACAACACAGAAACCCUCCUAAUAAUGUCUGGAGCGGAGUCACUGGACUGGAAUACAACACAGAAACCCUCCUAAUAAUGUCUGGAGCGGAGUCACUGGACUGGAAUACAACACAGAAACCCUCCUAAUAAUGUCUGGAGCGGAGUCACUGGACUGGAAUACAACACAGAAACCCUCCUAAUAAUGUCUGUAUUACGGAGGGGAUUUUAAAGAUGGAUUCCUGUGUAGAGCAGUGGAGAGGGGAGGACGGCUCCUAAUAAUGUCUGGAGCGGAGUCACUGGACUGGAAUACAACACAGAAACCCUCCUAAUAAUGUCUGGAGCGGAGUCACUGGACUGGAAUACAACACAGAAACCCUCCUAAUAAUGUCUGUAUUACGGAGGGGAUUUUAAAGAUGGAUUCCUGUGUAGAGCAGUGGAGAGGGGAGGACGGCUCCUAAUAAUGUCUGGAACGGAGUCAAUGGACUGGAAUACAACACAGAAACCCUCCUAAUAAUGUCUGUAUUACGGAGGGGAUUUUAAAGAUGGAUUCCUGUGUAGAGCAGUGGAGAGGGGAGGACGGCUCCUAAUAAUGUCUGGAACGGAGUCAAUGGACUGGAAUACAACACAGAAACCCUCCUAAUAAUGUCUGGAGCGGAGUCACUGGACUGGAAUACAACACAGAAACUCUUAUAAUAAUGUCUGGAGCGGAGUCACUGGACUGGAAUACAACACAGAAACCCUCCUGGAGGUUUAAACUCCAACCCUGUUCCUGGAGAGACACCCUCCUGUAGGUUUUAACUCCAACCCUGUUCCUGGAGAGAGACCCUCCUGUAGGUAACUCCACCCCUGUUCCUGGAGAGAGACCCUCCUGUAGGUUUUAACUCCAACCCUGUUCCUGGAGAGAGACCCUCCUGUAGGUUUUAACUCCAACCCUGUUCCUGGAGAGAGACCCUCCUGUAGGUUUUAACUCCAACCCUGUUCCUGGAGAGACACCCUCCUGUAGGUUUUAACUCCAACCCUGUUCCUGGAGAGAGACCCUCCUGUAGGUUUUAACUCCAACCCUGUUCCUGGAGAGACACCCUCCUGUAGGUUUUAACUCCAACCCUGUUCCUGGAGAGACCCUCCUGUAGGUUUUAACUCCAACCCUGUUCCUGGAGAGACACCCUCCUGUAGGUUUUAACUCCAACCCUGUUCCUGGAGAGAGACCCUCCUGUAGGUUUUAACUCCAACCCUGUUCCUGGAGAGAGACACCCUCCUGUAGGUUUUAACUCCAACCCUGUUCCUGGAGAGAGAGACCCUCCUGUAGGUUUUAACUCCAACCCUGUUCCUGGAGAGAGACCCUCCUGUAGGUUUUAACUCCAACCCUGUUCCUGGAGAGAGAGACCCUCCUGUAGGUUUUAACUCCAACCCUGUUCCUGGAGAGAGAGACCCUCCUGUAGGUAACUCCAACCCUGUUCCUGGAGAGAGAGACCCUCCUGUAGGUUUUAACUCCAACCCUGUUCCUACCUACAAGUAAUGUAUUGUCCUGUUUUUAUCUCUUCUACACCAGCAAUCUCAAGCGCUAUCUUUUUCUGCUCUCUCUCUCUCAUUCUCUCUCUCUCUCCCCACCUCUCUCUCUCUCUCCCCACCUCUCUCUCUCUCUCUAUCUCUCUCUCACCACCUCUCUCUCUCUCAUUCUCUCUCUCUCUCUCAUGCUCUCUCACUCUCAUUCUCUCUCUCUCCCCACCUCUCUCUCUCUCUCUCUCUCCCCACCUCUCUCUCUCUCUCUCACCACCUCUCUCUCUCUCAUUCUCUCUCUCUCUCUCUCAUGCUCUCUCGCUCUCAUUCUCUCUCUCUCCCCACCUCUCUCUCUCUCUCUCCCUCGCUCAGUGUAUAAUAUCUGUGUCUGACCCUGCACGGAAGCUGGUUGAACUAACUAAAGACUGGUAGAAACACAGAGCUGGUUGAACUAACUGAAGACUGGUAGAAACACAGAGCUGGUUGAACUAACUAAAGACUGGUAGAAACACAGAGCUGGUUGAACUAACUGAAGACUGGUAGAAACACAGAGCUGGUUGAACUAACUGAAGACUGGUAGAAACACAGAGCUGGUUGAACUAACUGAAGACUGGUAGAAACACAGAGCUGGUUGUAUUGAUAGCAAUAGAUGGAUCUAUAUACAGUAUAUCUCUGGUUGUAUAGACUGUAAUCGGGUCCAAUAUAUUGCAUGCUGGGACAUUUAAGGUUUAGUGUUGACGUUUAAAAAGUGAAUAAAAUAAGAACUGUGACAUGAGGAUGAUAGUGGUGAGGAUGAAGAUGAUGUUACCUAUGUACAUAGGCUUCUGUUGUUUCCUAUAUUAUGUAUGUUAUACCGGUCAGAGGUCAAUAAACAGUUAUACCGGU